AUGCGCUUCACGACAAUUCUUCGUCCCUCGGCACGCCUCGCCCCGCGUCUUACACCCGCAAUCCGCCCUCUACACCAAACCCGCAUCCUCACUCAAGAGCAAAACAACGACGCCAGUUUCGUGGACAGUCUCGCAGCCAGGGACGCCAGGGGCCGAACGGGCGGUGGCGAACCUCUUGAAGCAAGCUCCUCCAACGCGCCGCCCCAGCCAAAGGUCUCCAAUCAAAGCAUUCCCGGGAGCACCCAGACCGACACGCUCACCGAGGAGCAAAAGCGCGAGGUGGAGGAACAUAACAGGGAGUUUGAGAAGAAGCAUGACCACGGGAAUCAAGCGCCAGAUGACAAGGUCGAUAAGAAGUUUUGGAGUGGCGAGCGCCAUGGGGAGCCAGAGGAGACAGGGAAUGUUAAGCCACCCAAGGAGAAGAGUUGA